AUGGCCACCGAUUCAAACAGACUAACUCAGGCCUCCAUUCCGCUGCCGCGGUCUUUGGAUACCCGCAUUUUCAUCCGCAUCACAACCCAGGCCAAGGCCAUUCUGCUGUCCUUAACAACGGUGUCUCAGGAAGAUGCUGCUGCCCCCAGGCCGAUGGGCUCAUUUGUCUACGCGCUCCCCGAUAGAUUCAAUCAUCAGCAGGCAAUCGCCACUACACUCUUCUCCGCAGAGUCAUCCCUAGAGUUUACUACACGAGUGGCAAAGCUGGUCGCCCGAAAGACUGGGCUCCCAGUCUAUGUGACAAAUUCCAUCAGCUUAGAGAGCAUGGGGAUGGGCGGCACAGUCGAGGAGGAAAUGGAGGCUUUCAAGAGCGUGGCCGAGGCAAUCUUGAGCCUCCUCCCCAAGACAGCGCUCCCAAGCUAG